AAGCAUAUAUAUACACAUCUUCAAACUCAACCUAGCAAAUACGUACUGGACUAAGAAGAAGCUAGCAUUUUAUUUACAUAUAAUAUAAGCUUAUUUUAUUGUAUAUCUCUAGCAUAUAAUUCAAAGUUGGUUUUGUGUUUUUUUUAUUAUUUAUAAUAUAUAGUAGUUUUAUGAGAUGGAACUUGAGCUUGGUCUUGCACUUCCUUCCUAUUUUCCCAUCAAAUCUUCCGACGACCUAAAUGGCAACGUCGACAGUUUUGAUGACAACUUCUCAGAAAUGAAGAAUGACAGCAAUUAUAUCAACCACAAGUCUAACUUUUCAGGGGCUAAUUCUGAUUAUGAUGGUAGUGACAAAUUAGAACGUAAAACGUUGCCUUUGCUUGCAUGGAAUGGCCAACCAAAUGAAGAAGAAGAAGAAGAUGAUCACCGAAAGAGGAGAACUUUUGAAGCUUGUUACCCGGAAUUCAAGGAAGAAAACGGAGUAGUGGGGUGGCCACCAAUUAAAUCAUGGAGAAAAAAGCAAAUUCAUGGGAUUAACAAUGAUAUUAUUGGUCGAAGAAACUCAAUGUAUGUGAAGGUCAAAAUGGAAGGAGUAGCCAUUGGAAGGAAAAUUAAUCUAAGGCUAUAUAAUUCCUAUCAAGUCCUUACUAACAGCUUGAUUCAAAUGUUUGCAAAAUCAGAUCAGAGUUGUGACGAAAAUGGUACGCGCUUUACACUAUUGUACCAAGACAGAGAAGGAGAUUGGAUGCUUGCAGGAGAUGUACCAUGGCAAACAUUCAUGGAGACUGUUCAAAGAAUACAGAUACUAAGGAAUAGGAAGAGUAAAUUCAAGGUCUGAUAUUUCUUAGCUAGAGUACUGGUUAAAAUCAUAUAUUCUGUAUACCAAGGUAGUCCUCAUUAAUUAGCUUGCAAUGGUUUUCUAAGGAAAAAAAGAUAAGACAACACAAUAUUCGUUUCAGUUUGCUAUUAUUGUAGUUUUAUAUUUAUCUUCGUGCGGCUAUUGGAUGUCAAGAUUUAUCAGACUUUUCCAGAGCUUAUUUUUUUUCUUUUUCUACAAAUUAAAUAGAGCAUGUUCGAGAGCGAGAUACCUUUUGAAUUUUAGAAAUGCUUUAUAAAUUUUAAUAUAUACGUGCAAUUCAUUGAA